AUGAAGUUGCACAUUGCUUUCGGCCUUCUGGCAGGCUUCGCCUGCUUGCAGCAGGUGACCGCAUUGAAUUCCAAACGCAGCAUUCGAUCUAUUUCAUCCCAUGACCAUCUCGAUGAUGUGACAUCGGAGACCGACGUAGCUCCUGCCAUGACGGAGGUGGAGCAAGGAAAAAAUGUAGUGGUCAAGAAAGUCAAGAAGGCCAUGAAGAAGAUUCUCCAACAGCUUGGGAUUCUCGAUGGCAAAUGCGAAGAGAAGAAGAAGAAGAAUGGAAUCCCGAGUGCCGCAGACGGCGAUGCCCCCAUGGAAAAAUUCGGCUAUCCUCACUUCGACCCGCACUCCGGUGUUUCGGUGCUCAAAGCUCAAGCACCUCUGUCGUUCAUUGGAGGCUUCCGUCAACCUGUAAAGGUCGGUGCGCUCGACUGGCUGGUCCAAGGAACCAUGGAUGAUAUCUUGAAGUUGUUGGUGUGCUUUGGUGACUACUCCGCGUUAGCUGAGACCCUUGGCGAGGAUGGCAGAUGGCACUCGGAUGGCAGUGCUGGUCCCCUCUACAUCCAGAUGCAGAACACCGCUAAAUACCAGGGAGAUGUAGCCUCUAUCCUGGCGGCGUAUUCCCUUGACCGGAUUAAGGGCCAGAUUGACGCGUGGGGGGUCAUCGACAACACAAUCGGUCAAUGGUGGGAGCCGGGCGUGGCGGUCGCGAAGAAAGCCGUUUCCGUAUACGAAACGUUCCAGCAGAUUCAGGAGCGUGUACCGGAUUUGACCAAGGAGAAGUUCGUGGACGGAUGGAACCGUAUCGCCAAUGCAAACGGUACAGACAAGCUGAAAGAAAUUGCCAAGCUCCUCCGUCUCAAUCCGGAGUCGCGCGAACUCUACGAUACGUGGCAAAAUCUUGACAGAGUGGACAGGAAGAGCAAGCUCACUGUGAGGCUGACAGCAUACCCCUCGCGCAGCCCCACCAUGGCCACUUUUGCGUUCACAGGCAACUCGGCCAGUUUGGAGGAGGUCGCCGCAGCCCUCGCUUCUGCAACGAAGGACACAACGCUUGACAACCUGCUGAAAAACUUUGCUUAA